AACCCCUCCCUUCUCUGCCUCUCUCCUCUCCUCUCCCAGCAUCUGUGGUAUCCUCCGUAUUUUUCCCACUCACCGUGUCGGUCGAACCGGACCGGAUCUGUUCAACGAAUUUCCUUCUCCUGUCUGGUUCCUUUAGAUCAGAUAUUCGAUGGCCCAGGUGGUUCAGACGCGUGUUGACAUGACAGCUUUGGUUCCUCCUCCUGCACCACUGCACAGCAGGAGGCAAGCAUCUCCUGCUCAGUCACCUUCCAGUCCCACAGGCUCUCGGCUGAAUUUAUCUAAAGAACGACAAGAGGACAGGCAGAAAACACAAGAGCUGUCGCUGGUGCUGCAGGAUAAAGAGCGGCGCGCGCAGCAGCAGCUGGAGCGCUGUGCCGAGGAGCGAGGGAGGAAGCUGGAGCAACAGAGGAGGAAGGAGCAGCAGCGCCGGGCAGCAGCCGAGGAGAAGAGACGGCUGCAGAAAGAUGCAGAAAAGGAGAGGCUGGAGGCCCUGGUGCGCCGGAGAGCCGGGGGCGCCGACAGACGAGGUGGUGGAGGAAGCGGAGCAGGGGAGGCCCGGGACCACCUGGACAACAGGCCCAAACGGUGGACAUGGGGAGGACCGCCUGACGGAGUGGAAGGUAACCCUAAGACCCCGCCCUGCCAUGCCAUUGGCUCCGCUCAGCCCAAUGAGCUUCCUGCCGCUUCCAGCGCCAGCCAAUCCCGCCACGUUGACUUCUUGUCUCCACCAACGAUGGAUGAGCCAAACAACAAGCAGCUUUCCAACUCUUCAGGAGCCCUCAGCUCCCCAGAGCGAGUGUCUUCUGUGUCCCGUCGAACAGCUUCCCCCAACAACAACCAAUCCUUUAGGAGUCCCUCCAACCGCAGGAGCAUCGCUGGAUUCCCUGAGGAAACGUCCAAAGCCAAAACACCAACGGGGGAAACACCAAACACCCCGGUCCGAAGUUCUUCCUUCAAGGCCAACAGCAAGGGCCACGCUGCGUCGAAGCGGGUGAGGUCCAACAGGAGUCGGGCCCAGUCCCCCUGCUCCCCUGGACAGUACCCCCCCUCCCCGCUCCGGCAGAGAGCCACCACCCCCGGCAGCGACGACAACAAAGGUCACAGCACUCUGGAGAGAAAAACAGCUAAAUCUGAAGCCUCAGACAACAAGAAGAUCACAAAGUCCAGCAGCAGAGAGCUGAACGCAGAGUCACCAGGCACUCCCACAGGCAGGAGCGUCGGAGGCACGACGGAUGCUGAGGAGGCGUCCCGGCUGCUGGCGGAGAGACGCCGUCUGGCCCGGAUACAGAAGGAGCAGGAGGAGAGGCAGCGGCAGGAGGAGGAGAGACUGAAGGCCGAAGAGGAGCAGAGGAGGCAGCAGGAGGCGAGGGAACGUCAGGAGAGAGCAGCACAGCAGGCUGAGGAAGAGAGAGCGAGGAAAGAGGAGGAGAGGAGGACCAGAGAGGAGGAGGACAGACGACAGAAGGAGCAGAGAUGGAAGAACAUGCAGGACCAGCUGGACAGAGAGAGAGAGGAGGCCUUCCUGCGAGCUCAGAGGGAGGCUGAGAGGAAGAGGCAGGAGAGGGAGCUGCUGCACAUCCAGGAGGAGCAGGAGAGGCAGCAGAGGAAGAAGAGAAUCGAGGAGAUUAUGAAGAGGACGAGGAAGAGCGAAGUGGAGCCUCCAUCUGCUGCCUCGGCCGGUGAGGUUAAAGCUGAAGCUGCUGAAGAAGCUGGUGCCUCCGAGGAGGACGCUGCUACUCCAGCUGAAGCUCCCAUCAUCAUGCUGGGUCCCCUGGAGAAUAAGAGCUUUGUGGACGAGCUUUCUGAUGGAGUCCAGUCUAUGGACGUCAGUUCUCCAUCUGUCUCCAUCAGCCCAGUUUCCAGGGACGAGCAGGCGAGCGCUCAGGAGUUUUCACCGGUCGCUGACGGACCCGACGGCUAUCCCCCCGACCACCUGAUGGAUCUCGACGGUCCAGGACGAGGACAGCGUCAGGGUGCCGAGACGCCCCCGUACCCCAGAUUGCAGGCCGGCAGCGGGGUGGGAGACCUGAACAAGAACCUGCUGAUUCAGGCGUACAGCGCCACCUCUGAGACCCCGCAGCUCAUCCACAGCGUCGGCCCGGGCAAACUGGACGUCUAACAACCAGGGGCUUUUCAGGAGUUACAACAGGAGCUAAGAGAAUCACCAUCACCUCCUUCUGCAACAAUUAGUCAUCUUUUUCACAUGAAACAAAGAUUAGCAUCUGAUCCGUGUUACCAAGCCACACCCAUAACUGGCAUCCGGAGGCAGGGCAGAUCUACUCACAGAAACACCCUCUGUCUCAAUUAUGUCGAUAAUGUGAAGUUUAUGUUUCUGGUAAGAUCAAGCUACAGAAACAAAGAAAAAAUAAAUACUUCUACCUGCUCGUUAAUUUAAAUUUAACUGAGAACCAACAACGUAUUUAUGACAUGAAACUUAAAGGUUGGGAUGUUUAAUUGUAAAUGUUUAUCUAUAAAUCGAUCCAUCUCCUGCGGCAGAGUUCCUGGUGAAGCCGGUUUGCCCGCCUGCAUUGCCACAAACAUCAGCUUUUAAAAUGUUGUAAAUAGAUCAGGCUGCAGGACGAUUAUUGGAAGAGGACUUUGCUCUGUAGCGGAGAACCGCUCCGACGGACCCUGCUGUGUAAAUCCUGUGUAGCAUCUUCAACCAGGACUAGAUAGCUGUGUAGUUCAACGAUGUGUCUGUCGGUGUUUCUGAUGGUUCCUGCGUGAUUACCCUAAACCUGCUGACAGACGCUCCUGACCUCCUGAAUUCUCAGAAAACCAUGAUAUAAACCCGCUGUUAACACGUAGCCUGUAGCUUUGGUUUCGCUGCUGCUUCUUGUUCCAUUGAUGGACAUUUGUGGACUUGCAGUGAUCCGUGACGGGGACAGGAGUGGGAGAAAAAGCUAAAUGUGUUGUAUUUUUAUCUGCAGGAUGUAAAGUGUAACUGUCUGGCACUGACUGUAACCACACAAGCUGCAGUUUAUAGCGUGCACCUACAGUUGUUAUGUUUCACAUUUGCACCCCUGCGCCUGGACCUCACAGCUCGUCACCUCUGAGGCCUUAAAACCUCUGUGCAUCAGCAUCCACCACGAUCACUGAUCACUGUUCAAAGAUCUGUUUCCACCAGAGGGAACCACAGAAGACAUAAUUCACUGGUGUUUUUUUAACGAUAAUUUUCUUUGCUUUCAGCUGCAAUAAUCCAGAUCAUUGAAGACUCAACAGGCCCUAAAUUCUCUGUGAUGUUUAUAGAAAUAAGCCCAGAAACUCCAGCUAAACUCAUUACAAGCAGCUCAGAAUUUAACAAGGUGGAUAAAUGUCCCUUAAAAAGAGUUAAAUGCGUAUGUUCCUAAGGAUUUGAAUAAGUUGUAAUGCACAGUUCUUUGUUGAGAGAAACAAUGCCUUUACUUGUGAACUUCAUUGCAUUUAUUAACAUUUCUCUCACCCUUCAGCUCCUCUUUCUCCAAAUCUGCACAUCAUUGUCCAGAUUCUGCUGAGACCAGAGGGUCCCCAGGACCCGCGUGUAUAAACAUAAAGGACUUAGCAUUUAUCCUAACAAUUAAACUCUGUGACACUGCAGCUUGGUGGAAUAUAUCAUUGUAGAUGUGGUGCAUGGAUACUUGCUGAAAAAGAACAAUAAACGUCAUCAAACCAUU